UCUGGCAACACUGCUACCAUACCAACUAGUAUCAGUCAUAUUUCAUUUUUGCACUGUAUUUUUAUUCCGUGGUUCAGUCAGUGUCUUGUAACGAAAUUUUCACCGAUUUUUUUCACAUAAAAAGCGAACAUGUUGAGGAGUAUAGUGCUUGCUGAAAAUAUAGUUUUGAAAAAUAAUUCUAAGAUUCUAUUUUCUAUACCAAGUAACCUUUGGCAUCCUCAACAACAACAAACGAGAAACUUGAAUGUACACGAACAUAUCAGCUAUUCAUUGCUGAAAGAAGCAGGAAUAACUGUUCCCAAUUUUGGUGUUGCUAAAACCAAACAGGAAGCUAGACAAAUUGCAGAAAAAUUGAAUACAAAAGAUUUGGUAUUGAAAGCACAGGUAUUAGCUGGAGGACGAGGCAAAGGAAGUUUCAAGAAUGGCCUUAAGGGCGGUGUCCGUAUGGUUUAUUCACCUCAAGAGGCAGAAGAUAUCACUGGUCAGAUGUUGGGACAGUAUUUAGUGACGAAGCAAACUGGGGAGAAGGGCAGAAUAUGUAAUGCCGUCAUGGUUGCCGAGCGUAAAUUUCCCAGAAAAGAAUUCUACUUUGCAGUUAUGAUGGAACGAGCAUUCAAUGGACCUGUGAUAAUCGCUUCGUCACAGGGUGGAGUUAACAUUGAAGAAGUGGCGGCAGAGAAUCCAGAUGCAAUCCUUUAUGAACCAGUUGACGUUGUGAAAGGUUUAUCGAAAGAACAAGCCGAGAAGAUUGCUGUCGCAGUGGGCUUACAAUCCCAAAAAAGCAAAACUGCUGAUAUGCUUCUGAGGAUGUAUGACCUUUUCAUAAAGAAAGAUGCACUAUUGAUUGAAAUCAACCCAUACGCUGAAGAUGCAGGAGAAACAUAUUUCUCAUUGGACGCCAAAUUCCGUUUCGAUGACAAUUCACAGUUUCGGCAGAAGGAACUAUUCGCUCUUCGCGAUUGGACCCAAGAGGACGAGAAAGAAGUGGCAGCCGCCAAGUUCGAUUUGAAUUAUAUCGCCCUAGAUGGCAACAUUGGAUGUAUGGUUAAUGGAGCUGGCUUAGCAAUGGCCACUAUGGAUAUAAUCUCUCUACAUGGAGGUUCCCCCGCAAAUUUUCUUGACGUUGGAGGAGGGGCUACCGCGUCUGCAGUCAAAGAAGCAUUCAAAAUAAUAACUGCGGAUCCCAAAGUACACGCCAUACUAGUCAACAUUUUCGGGGGUAUAAUGAGGUGUGACGUUAUUGCAGAGGGAAUUAUUGCCGCCGCCAAAGAGCUCAGCUUGAAAAUGCCGAUUGUUUGUAGGCUUCAGGGAACAAACGUCGAUGAUGCGAAAGUAUUGAUUGCCUCUUCCGGUUUGAAAAUUUUACCUGUGGAUAAUUUGGACGAGGCGGCAAGAUUGGCAGUAAAGUUGUCGAACAUCGUAAGCUUGGCAAGAGACGCCAAAUUGGAUAUCAACUUUGAAAUGCCUCUCUGAAUUGUGGCAUACGAGAAAUCAAAAUUGGGCAGUAUUUUUUUCGAAGAAUUCAACUAAAGAGAGAAUAUAUUUCAGGCAUUUUAUUGUAUACUCAGUCACGUACUACUUUUAUCAAAGCUUUACUGAUAUUUAGCUCGUUAGCGGUGCAUAUUUAAAUUAUUUAUUUGUACAAUAAGUUGAAGAAUAUAUCAUUUUCCAGUUA